AUCUAGUUUGUCGACUGCGACUCAACCUCCGCUUCUCGACCGCGACUUGUCCUCCUCAAAUCGUCGCAUUUGUUCGCCUCCCACGUCUCGACCCGACCCGAUUCGACUCGACCGAACUUCUUUGUCUCGAGCACAGCCAUCGCGACAGCGGAAAGACAAAGGAAAGAAUGGCCGGCGGGCCGAGUCCGAGUAGCACGAGCCCCUCCAACCUUUCCAACAGCCCUUUCCUCCACGGUUCCUUCAGUUCUGCCUCGUCGUCGCCGCCCAAGCUGCCCUAUUCACAGAACAACACGAUGACCGCCGACGUAUUUUCCGCGUCGCAUACCUACAAUCUAGCUCCUCCUAUCGGCGAGCGUCGCGCGUUCGACAAGAACGGGCUGUCGCUACUCUCUUCCAGCGAGGCUGAACCCAGUCCCGAACCCAAAAACAUGCCUUCGAUCGUUUUGCGCGGAUUGCCCAGUAAUAGCGAUCGCGACGCGGUGCGCAACAUGCUUGUCUUCAGCAACGACUUCAUCGAUUGCGAUCUCGUCCCCACCUCCAAGUACGAAGACAAGAGCACCGCGACUGCGGUGGCAAGGUUUCGAACCAUCGAGAGCGCAAGGCAGGCCAAGGAUCUCUUGAACGGAAAGCGCAAUGCCUCCAACGACGCCACCAUCAGCGUAGAGCUCGUGCAGGACAGUCCACCCGCCGCGAUUGGCACACGGCGCAACACAGUCGAUAGCUCGUCCACUCGCCAAGGACCCCCUUCCAGCGCAACAGGAGUCCCACCCACUGCAACCAACGGCCGACAAUCAUCACGUUUCAAUGGCACCUUCCAACACAUGGAGAAAAUGUCCCCACCAAAUGGAACCCCAGGUCUUGGCAACGGAGAGUUCCCUGUCUCGAAUCUCUUUUCUCCAACUUCUCCAGUCAAUACCACCUUCGGCCAUCGCAAUCUGGGAAAAUCAGUUAUCAACGACGAGGCUGAUGAUGACGAUGGGCUUCUCAAGGAGUCCAUUGGUUAUGCGACUGGAGGUCCCCCUGUUCAGGCCUCGCUUGCUCGCCGCACUACCAACCCUUCCAUCCCAGUAACUCGCUUUUCAUCAUUGUCACUCAACACCAAUGGUGUGAAUGGCAUGAGCUCUCCACCAAUGCCCAAUUACGCCUCUCCGCGAUCUGCUGCGACCAUGCAAUCUCCCCCAACAUCCAACAUCUCAGCAAUGUCUCCGCAUUCGAUUCCUUCUACCUUGACUAAUCUGGGCCCCAAUGCGAACUAUCAACAGUACACACAGCAAUUCGCUCGGCACAACUACCCACCAGUUAAUCCGGCUGACCAGAAUCCUCCCUGCAACACACUCUACGUCGGCAAUCUUCCCAUGGAUACUUCCGAGGACGAAUUGAAGGCAAUGUUUUCUAAGCAGCGUGGCUACAAGAGGCUCUGCUUCCGUACAAAGCAGAAUGGUCCCAUGUGUUUCGUUGAAUUCGAGGAUAUCUCGUUCGCUACCAAAGCUCUGAAUGAGCUCUAUGGACACCCAUUGCAUAAUAGCGUGAAGGGUGGCAUCCGACUGAGCUUCUCCAAGAACCCGCUCGGUGUGCGCACCGGGCAGCCAACCAAUAUGGGUUCGGCGUCUGCGGUUGCACCCAACUCGGCUAUGUCUGGUUUUGGAGGCAGCGUUGCUGCCCCUCCUGGCUUUUCCACUGCCACAGGCCCUCCCCCUGGAUUGUCGGCUCCUCCAGGACUGUCCACCCCCGUGCAUACCAAUGGCGCCUCUGGAUUCGGCAUGUACAGUAACGGCGGGUUUCUUCCCCCCAACGAUAUGGCCAGUCCCAUCCGCGCGCAACCAAUGGCGGCCGGACUGGCCACUUCUGUCUCCGGCAACGGUUUUGCUGGAAUGCAAAACUACGCCGCCUAUAUGAUGGGACGCUGAUCACCACGGAUGAACCGUCCACGCAGUAACGAGAGACGACUUUGGAGUUACCGGGGAGCAUACAUCACUGCACGUGUUCGAAUCUUCUGUCUCGUCUAUUGUUGCGUUAUAUCCAGUCACUUCAGUCAUGGCGAGGUGUUGUGUGUUGUGUUUGAUUUGGCUUCUUUUCUCUUUCACGCAAGGGCAUGGGUACUGGCGCGAAAAUCCUUCAAGACC